AUGCAGCAGCCAGCGCCGUCGAGCUCUGCCGGCGGAGGCGAGGCGAUGGACCCCUUCUACGACAUUGUGAUCCCUCCGGACUACCUCCAGGGUCUCGACGACGACGGCGGCCUGCGCGCGUACGGUGCGGCGGUGGAGGCGGAGGAGGAUGAGCAGCAGCGGCUGGCCAAGGCGCAGGUGGAGGGCUGCGGCGAGGAGGAGCGGCUGUCGAUGGUCUACCAAGGGCACACGUACGUGUUCGACUCCGUGCCGCCGCAGAAGGUUGACACCAUCCUCUGUCUUCUAAACGGCUAUGAAAUUGCUCCUCAAAGCGCGAAACCACAACUCACUCACCUGGUGCAGCCUAUUGUCGUGCCCCAAGACUUCAACAGAAUGGCGGCCGUGACGCGGUACCGGGAGAAAAGGAAGAGCCUGCUGAAAUUCGACGUGAAGGCCGAUUACUCCAUCCGAAAGGAAAUCGCUUCAAGGAUUGCACGUAGGAGAGGGAAAUUUGUGUCGUCAGGUACGGGAACUGACAAUUCAGUUACUGCCGCCGCUGCACACCACCGCCAAAGGGAGACAACUGAGCUUGAAUUCUGCGCCAACUGCGGAGAGAGCAACGAGGUGACGCCGAUGAUGCGCCGCGGUCCAGAUGGAUAUAGAACACUCUGCAACGCUUGUGGGUUGAUGUGGGCGAAAACCAGGAAGAUCAGAAAUCUCACGGGUCCAACUCGCGGAGGGAACAGUUGUCGGUGAAGAUGCUUGCGCGCCAGACAUCUAACCAAACAGCUUCAUGGUUCAUCAUAACAGUGGCACUGCUUGAUUGAGUUUUUGCUUUCUUGGAGUGCAUGUAGAAA